AUGGGCAAUUCGUCAUCGCACCACUCUGUCUCCUCUCCAACAUCCACUUCCACUUCCCUAUCCCAACCUUCCUCCUCCAAUUCCUCGACUAAAUCUCACAAGCACUUUCACAUGCAUUCUAAUCCUUUUUCCCACUUCCAUACCCACAAUCGUCGAACAUCUUCUGUCGAAGAGCACGGUUCGCUUUUGAAAAAUGCAGAUAUUAAUAUCGAAGAGGAUGAUGAUGGUACAUAUUUACUCCGCAGAGGGAGCGCUGAGUCCAGAGAAGAAUGGCUAGCACGGAAACAAAUCAUCGCUUCGAGAAUUAAGGGAGAUGGUGUGGGUGAUGGGGGGGUUAAGAUGUGGAAGGAUUAUAGUAUUGUUGAUGGAAAGGGACGGCUUUGA